UGUGUAGUUCCAUCAUAACCACCUAAGCAAUGUUGGUGAACCACACUGUUUAGCUUGACAAGUUUGCUUCUUGAACAUUAAUAUGAAGACAGAGACAGGAAGUAUAUGACAAAUCAGUAAGACUUUGGAGUUCAUCUUACAGGCAUUAUUGCAAAUGUGGCUAGCUGUCCAGACAUCGAUUUAAGUGGAAUAGCAUUUUUUGCCACACUGUUAACAUCAGCAUACGCUAGCCAUAAAAAUGAACAACUUGUCUUUUGACGAUCCGUCACUGGAUAAUCUGGAUCCAACUCUCCAACUAUCUCUUAAUGACCCCAGCGAUAUUGACACGGCUCUGCUCAACGACAUUGAUGACAUGCUGCAGCUCAUCAACCACCAAGACAUGGUGGAAUUCAACCAGGACAUAGCGGGUCUCUUCGACCCCACCCCAGAUCUCCCCGUUUCCGCCCUGACCCACUCCGCCGCCUCCCCUACGUCCGCCUCCUCCACAUCCUCGCCCUCCUCCAUCCUGAGCAGCAGCCCCCACCUGGACGCUCUCCUGGGCCCCCCUAUCAUCAGGAGUUCUUCUCCCCCGGACAAGGCGUUCCACUCCUCCACCUUCCAGCAGUCACCCCUGGCCCACGUCGCCACAACCACCCCAGUCCCGUUAGCCAAGCCCACGCAGCAGCCCUCUCCGAGCCUCCGGCAACCCACGGUGGACCAGCCCCAGCCCCUGCCACUCCUCUCCCCCACUGCCGCUUCCCCCGUGCAGCUUCCUCCACCAGCCUCCUCCCCCCACGCCCCCCAGACAGGCCCGAGCGCGGUGUUUACGGCCGCCCCCCAGGCCCUGUUCACCACGCCGGCCCCCCAGCAUCAGCACCCUCAGCAGAUCAGGAUCAACUACAGCGCCCAGAACGGCUACACAGUUGCCAAUCAUCAAGGAGGCCCCGCCCAGCCAAUCGUCAGCCUGUCUUCGUCUCCUGGCAUUCAGCCAGUGACCAUCCAGGCUCUGACCACCUCAUCUCCUCUCCUGGCCACCUCGGCAAGUCCCCCAGCUCAGACCAUCGCCUCCCACCACGUUCAGCAAGUCCCAGUGUUGCUCCAGCCCCAGUUCAUCAAGGCUGAAUCUCUGCUGCUGACCACACUGAACCGUGAUCCCUGUAUGGUCACCACGGUGGCCUCUCCUUGCAUAAGCUCCCUGGCCACCACCACGUCUCAGAGCACUCACUCCCUCCAGGCUCUGAUGAGUGGAGGCACUAUUCUGACCACAGUGCCAGUGAUGAUGGACUCUGACAAGCUGCCCAUCAACCGUAUCACCAUCAGUGGUAAGCCCAUGGGCCCGCCCCCCAAAGGUGAGAAGCGCACGGCCCACAAUGCAAUCGAGAAGCGCUACCGCUCAUCUAUCAACGACAAGAUCAUUGAGCUCAAAAACCUUGUGGCUGGGACUGAGGCCAAGCAGCUCAACAAGUCAGCAAUCCUGAAGAAGGCCAUCGAUUACAUCCGCUACUUGCAGCAGUCUAACCAGAAACUGAAAGCUGAAAACAUUGCCUUCAAGAUGUCAGCUCAGAAGAACAAGUCUCUGAAAGACCUGGUUGCCAUGGAGGUGGACGGUCCUCAGACGGACGUGAAGAGUGAGCUGCCCACCCCCCCGCCCUCUGACGUGGGCUCUCCCACCUCCUACUCCCACUGUAGCAGCGACUCCGAACCAGACAGCCCCAUGGGGGAGGACAGCAAGCCAGCUGUGAGUCCAAUGGAGGCGCUGUCCCUGUCCACGGCGGGUGGCGCCGGCAUGCUGGACCGCUCGCGCGUGGCUCUGUGCACCUUCACCUUCCUCUUCCUCUCCCUCAACCCGCUGGCGGCGCUGCUGUGUGGAGGGAGGAGUUCCGCCGCCGAGCCGGGAGCCCCCCCCUCCACCGGCAGGGCCAUGCUGGGUCUGGAAAACGCAGCCGAGUCGUGGGGCUGGAUGGACUGGAUGCUGCCAACCCUGCUGAUCUGGCUGCUGAACGGCCUGCUGGUGGCCGGGGUGCUGAUCCGACUCCUGGUCUAUGGAGAGCCCGUCACCAGGCCCCACUCGGGCUCCUCCGUGCUGUUCUGGAGGCACCGCAAGCAGGCCGACCUGGACCUUGCCCGGGGAGACUUUGCCCAGGCCAGUCAGAACCUGUGGACGUGUCUGAAGGCCCUGGGGCGCCCGCUACCCACCUCUCAGCUGGACCUGGCCUGCGCCGCCCUGUGGGCGCUGCUCCGCCUCUGCCUCCAGCGCCUGUGGGUGGGACGCUGGCUGGCUGUCAGGGCCGGCGGGCUCCGCGCCGGGGGGCUCCGAGAGGAUGCGCGCAAGAGCAGUCGUGACGCCGCCCUGGUGUACCACCGUCUUCACCAGCUGCACAUGACGGGUAAGCUGGGUGCCAGCCGCCUGUCUGCUGUGCACAUGGCCCUGAGUGCUGUCAACCUGGCCGAGUGUUCAGGUCCCUGUCUGCCUGUGGCCACGCUUGGAGAGAUCUACGUCUCCGCAGCCCUACGAGUCAAAGCCAGCCUACCCAGACUCCUUCACUUCACAUCGCGGGUGUUUCUGAGCAGCGCCCGCCAGGCCUGUCUGUCGUCCAGUGGCAGUGUUCCUCCAGCCAUGCAGUGGCUCUGUCACCCCCUGGGCCACCGCUUCUUCGUGGACGGGGACUGGGCUGUCCGCAGCACCCCCAAAGAGAGCAUCUACAGCCAGGCGGGCAACACGGUGGACCCUCUGGCCCAGGUGACCCAGGCGUUUAGGGAACACCUGUUGGAGAAGGCCCUGUACUGUGUGGCCCAGCCCCGGGGGGGUAAGACCCCCACUGACGGAGAGGGAGAGUACGCGGAUGCUCUGGAGUACCUGCAGCUGUUGACCAGCGCGUCAGACGCUGCCGGAGCGACCACCCAGUCCUUCGCCAUCGGAUCCAACAUGGCAACUGUGACCGGCUGUGACCCGCAUUCCAAGUGGUGGUCGUCAGUUGCCGUGGUGAUCAUCAACUGGCUCCAGGGAGACGAUUCGGCAGCUGAGAGACUGUACCCUGCUGCAGAGAACCUGCCUCGUAGUCUACAGACUGCCGAGAGUCCGUUGCCCAAGGCGGCUGUGAACACGUUCCGAGCGGUGCGUGCCCUACUGACCAAGCCAGAGAACGGCCAGCUCAGCCUCAGCCACAGUGAGAAGGCCAGCAGACUUCUGAGAGACAGCCUCAACCUGGGACCUCACUGUCAUAGCAGUAACAUAGACAAGGUCGUUCAGCUGUUGCUGUGUGACCUGUUGCUGGUGAUGCGGACCAACGUGUGGCGCCUGCAGCAGAGCUCCGGUCCUGGGGGGCUCUCCCAACCCGCCUCCCCGGGCGAGCUGCAUGGCUUCCAGCAGGACCUGUCCUCCCUCCGGAAGCUGGCCCAGAGCUUCAGGCCCGCCAUGCGCAGGUUAUUUCUUCAUGAAGCAACAGCCAGGCUGAUGGCGGGGGCCAGUCCCACCAGGACACACCAGCUUUUGGACCGCUCGCUCAGACGCAGAGCCACCCCUGGAGCCAAGACCGAGGAGUGUGAGAUGCGUCCUGGUCAGAGGGAGCAGGCUGAGGCUGUGAUGCUGGCGUGUCGCUACCUGCCCCCCUCCUUCCUGUCGGCGCCCGGCCAGAGGGUGGGGAUGUUGGCCGACGCCGCCCGGACUCUGGAGAAGCUGGGGGACAAGCGCUCCCUCCAUGACUGCCAGCAGAUGAUCAUCAUGCUGGGCAGCGGUAGCACCGUCACCUCCACCUAAAAUACACAGUUUCAUACACACACACACAGACAGUGACAGAGGUUUCUGCCGUUCGGCCUGCAGCUGAAGAGACAGACUGCCUAGACACAGAGAAUCAUAUCCGACAGACAGGAAGACGGUUACCUUCCACGAGUUUCAUAUCUCCCCGUAUCCCUGAUUCAUUGCUCAGUGCUGUAGACCAGUGGUCCUCAAACUCUCAAAACAUUUUAUAAGGUUACCCCUGGGAAAUCGGUCUGUGAGGAUCACCAUCCAGUUUUCUACAAAACGUAUUUAAAGUAUUUUCACACAGGACCCAAGGCUUGGUUUGUUCCGUCAUGCACUCCCAAAGUCAUAGUAAAACCUCUAUCGCUAUUUUUUCUCCCUCGAGUUGGACUGUGAUUAUGAUGGGGGUGCUUGAUGAAUAUACUAUUCCAAAUUAGGUCCCCAGCCCCAAGAUGUUUGAGGACCACAGGAAAAACACAGUGCUCAGAUGAACAGUUUAGCAGAGGAGAACCUUGGCUCCUUUUCAUCCCAAUAAAAUUUUGCUAUUACCAUGGCUACCAUGAUCUGUCAUUUAACAUAUUCAGUCAUCAUCCACAGCAUUAUCUAUGUUCAGGGAUUACGGUGUGUUUCCAUUCACCAAUGUGAUAUCCCCUGUAGUGGCAGAAUGUGUCCACUGGGUGGUGGUGUAGUGCCCUAUACAGGAUGUGUGCGUGCGGGCGUGUGAGGGAAAGAGCAAGAGAGCUGCAAGAGAAAUGGUUUUUACCUGCAAUUUUUCUUCUUCCAAAGAGGAGCGUUCUGUUGUGAUUGGUGUGUUGAGGGUGGGUGUCUGUCUGAUUGGAUGGGAGGAGCCAACCAUGUUGGGACAGACUGGGCUUUUGAGAAGCACAACAUUUCAGACAACAUAAAAUUGCAGAAUGUAGAGUGGGCAGGUUUCUCUGUCAUGUUGAAAAGGGGACCGAGUCAGUAUAUAUAUCGGGACAGAUAUAUAAAGUGUAUUUAUAAAAAUGUGUUUCUUUGAUUUAUCAGUAUUUCACAUUCUAAUUACUUCCAAGCCUCAUUGUGUAACUGACACAGGCUAGGGGCCCAAUGGAGGGUAGGAUGCGCCCUAAAUGGCCAUAUUUGACCUAUAUAGUGCACUACAUUUGCCAGGGCUGUAAGAGCCUUGGUCAAAAGUGGAGCACUUCAAAGGGGACAGAGUGCCAUUUUGGACCUCUUUUGAUUGUGUUGCCAUUGUUGGCGAAGGAGUGUGAAUGUGUCAAAUGAAAGCAUCGUGUCAUGGGGAUGAAAUACCAAUUUGUCAGCUCUUCUCAUCUGUCUCAUGUGUACGUUUGCACUAUUGUGGAGGGUAUGUGCUUCUAUGGGGAUUUCUAAGUGUCUGAGUCUUGGGGUGAUUUACAACUCUUCCAGAUGGAACAAAGUCCACCCCAUUCAUUUCUCUGGUUACCAUCUCUUCCAAAGAAAUCUGUAGCAAGAUUGCCCCACCCAUUGUAUUCAAGUCCGGGGACAACUACCUGCUGUCUGAUCCAAUAAGAAACAGUCAGAACACAGAUAAAAAUUUUUUAAAAAAAGCUUUGUGUCUGUGUGCGUGCACGUGGAUGCGUGCAUGCGUAUGUUUUGUGUUCAUCCCAGGACAGAAUAGUUAGGGAUAGUGUCUCUGUAAAUGCCUGGACUGAUGAUUCCUUCCCUGUGUGCUGGUUCUAUCGGUAGUGUCAAUGUGUCAAAUCUUAAACCACAUCUGCUUCAUUAUUCUGUCCUCCCCUGUCUUUCUCCUCUUAACGGUUAUUCUUGGAUAUGUAAAUAAAAAGAACAUUUUGUAAUAUA